AUGAUCCCAAUUUCGUACCCAUCAUCAAGGGUUUCUCAACUAGAUGCAUGCAUUCUAGAUGGCGAGCUUUUUUCCUUGUUGAAAGACCAAGUCUCGUCCAUAUUUCAGCUGCACGAAAACUCCAAUUCCACCUUCAACAAACUCUCAUACAGCCGGCAUCCUGAAACGUACUCGCUCUUGUUGAGCUUGGUCAUCUUCAAAUUGACGGUAUGGAAAUCUGGCGCCACUUAUGGCUCGGCGCUUCAAAAUUUGAAACUCACCGAUAGCAAGUCGGGGAAAAUUAUCGGGUUGAAUAAGAAAGGGUUACUUUUAGCUGCGUUGGUGGGCACAUUUGCCUACAAGAAGAUCGAAACACUUCUAUAUCAGCUAGACGAAGAGGGGAACAACGGGGAAUAUGACUCUUUUAGCAACAGAAUUAAGAACUUUUUAAUCAACAAUCGAAACAAGAUGUUCACCAAGAUAGACAACACAUUGAAGAUUCUAAAUUUGGUAAAUUUCACGAUUUUUCUCGUGAAUGGGAAGUACUCAACAUUAUACCAUCGAAUACUUGGAAUAACAGAGACCCCCUUGAUAUCUGACCUUUUAAAGUUCAACGGAAGCAACGUGAAUUACGAAUUUCAAAAUCGUCAAUUGGUGUGGAAUGUCAUGACCGAGUUUCUCGUUUUCCUUCUACCACUUUUACAGCUACGCAAGCUUGGCAAAUUGGUCAAUAAAGUGUUGAAUCGAACUAAAGUAGCCGACGAGUUUCUGUUUCUGAUUGGAGAAAGCGCAAGGGUGACGAGGUACACCAAUUUGCCCAUACUGGAAUGUGCCAUUUGUCACUAUAAUAACUUUCAGGCCUCGCAAUCUGGUGGUGGUAGUGGUGGUAGAGUCUUUGCCACCGCGGGUCCAGUGACCAAUCCAUGUAUAACCAACUGUGGCCAUGUUUACUGCUAUGUCUGUCUUGCAACCCAAUUUAAUCUCAUGCAGGCCAGCGACGAGAGUCUACCUUGUCUAAGAUGCGAGCGCAAAUUGGAGUGGUUCCAAGAGUUUGAAGCGGACGAAAAAGCAUUUGACGUUGAAGCCAUUGUUGUUGAAACGGAGAAUGUGGAUGAGGAUGAAGAAGAAAAAGAAGAAGAAGGAGAAGAAGAGAAAGGAGAUGAAGGAGGGGAAGGAGAUGAAGAGGGUUUUCACAGUGACGACAGCGGAGUAGAAAUUGACGACUUUAAACCCAUCAAUGAACAUGUGACAACGAGGUUGGAAAGAAGGUUGAGUCAAAGGCUGGAAAUUUUUGCGCAGUCUAGCUCGGAGGGAGAAGAAGACGGGGAGGGAAACGGAGAAGAUGAUGAUGAGGAUGAGGAUGAGGAGAGCGACUACAGCGAAGAAGAAGAAAUGGAUGCUGACGAAUUAAUGUGA